AGUAGGAAGUGGAUCCGGAAACACUCAAGUCACCGAGCUUGCGGGCAGUCUCCAGGCUGGACUUCUCUCUCGUGGAUCACAGCUUAUCGGGUCAAAAUGUUGAAGGCGGUUAUUCUAAUCGGAGGCCCCCAGAAAGGCACGCGGUUCAGGCCGCUGUCAUUUGAAGUGCCCAAACCCUUGUUUCCUGUGGCCGGUGUGCCCAUGCUGCAGCAUCACAUUGAAGCAUGUGCCAAGGUACCGAAUAUGAAGGAGAUUUUGCUCAUCGGCUUCUAUCAGCCAAAUGAAGAACUGACCAGAUUUCUGUUCAAUGCACAGCAGGAGUUCAAAAUUUCCAUCAGGUAUUUGCAGGAGUACGCAGCCCUGGGCACAGGAGGGGGAAUCUAUCACUUCAGAGAUCAGAUUGUCUCCGGCAGUCCGGAGGCUUUCUUUGUUCUGAAUGCUGAUGUUUGCUCAGCUUUUCCGCUCGCAGAGAUGCUCAGCUUCCAGAAGGAACAUGGAGAACCAAACAGCCUUGUGAUUCUUGGGACGACGGCAAACAGAAAGCAAUCCAUGAAUUACGGCUGUAUUGUUGAAAACGAGGAAACACAUGAGGUCUUGCAUUAUGUGGAAAAGCCAAGCACAUUUGUGAGCGAUAUCAUAAACUGCGGCAUAUACCUCUUUACGCCAGACAUCUUCCAGCAUAUCGGCGCCGUCUUUCAGAAGAACCAACAGGACAUGUUGUUAGAGGAGCCAACCAACGGCUGGCACCGAGCAGAGGCCAUCAGGCUGGAGCAGGACAUCUUCACUGCCCUGGCAGCGCAGGGCAAACUCUACGUGUAUAAGACCCUCAGCUUCUGGAGCCAGAUUAAAUCUGCAGGGUCUGCGAUUUAUGCCAGUCGGUUGUACCUCAACCAGUAUCACACAACUCACCCCGAAAGACUGGCCUCAAACAAAGAGGGAGGGCCCAAAAUAAGUGGUAAUGUCUAUAUCCAUCCCACAGCCAACAUUGACCCCACAGCCAUGUUGGGUCCCAACGUCUCGAUUGGCACUGGAGUGACUAUUGGUGCUGGGGUCAGAGUUCGAGAAUCCGUCAUCCUUCACGGUGCAACUCUACAGGAUCACUGUUGUGUCCUGAACAGCAUUGUGGGAUGGGACAGCACGAUUGGAAAGUGGGCAAGAGUCGAAGGAACUCCAAGUGACCCAAACCCCAAUGAUCCCUUCGCAAAGAUUGACAGCGAGACCCUCUUCAGAGAAGGAAAACUCACACCCUCAAUUACAAUUCUCGGUUGUAACGUGACCAUCCCUUCAGAGGUGAUUAUACUCAACUCCAUCGUCCUCCCGCACAAAGACCUCAACCGUAGCUUCAAAAACCAAAUUAUUCUCUAGUUAAUCUUCCUCACUCUUCUGUCCACUUACUGUGUCACCGAUGAAGGAUGCAGCGGGACGCACGCCGGCACUGUCUCUUGAGUUACUGUAUAUAAGAUGUAAAAAAUGGAGAUACGGUGCAUUCAUUAAAUAUUUUUGAAAGAUAGAUUUUUGAUAUAUUUGUCCUCUAGCCUCUAUGCAUCAUUUGGUGUCAGCAACAUUAGAGAGAGGCUAAUCACGCAUGUUGAUUCACCUUGAAAAGUGCUGUCAUGCCAGAGUUUUAUAUUGGGUUCUUUAUUAACUUUACCGAACUGUAACAUUAAUGCUGACACAAGUGUAAUAUAUUUGUUAUAUUAUUGUAUGAUGUAAAAAGUUCAUAGACAACCACUCUGUUUUCUCAAGGGCAUCCUUGACAAACGUGAGUCUUGCUACUUUAGCAUGAGAAAAGGAAUUAUUGUAAAAUAUAAAUCCCUGAGCUACUUACUGCGGUACAUUUUUUGAGGUGAUUAUUUGUGUGGAGCGCUGAUUAAAAAUGUUUAGCAUCUUCAUUGUUUGUCUCAAAUUGACUACCACUAACAUAAAUCAGCGGGCUUGAGAUUGACUUUGCAAUCAAGUAAUGUUGCCUUUUUAAAAUGUGAACUUAGCAGGGGGGCUUGAGACUCCACAUAAACGGCAACAGCAGAUACUUAAAUUGUGCAUCCGCAAUCACUGGAGGAACUGUUCCAAUUUAUGGAUAAGGCACAUUAACAUUUACUUAUUAAGCCCUCGAGCACUCAUGAUCACUUCAGCACUUUUGUUCCAAUUAUUGCAAAGAGCGUGUCUAUUAAGGAGCAAUGUAAAUUGCAGGAACUGCAGCAUAAUAUAUGUAAAUCAAGUCAACAAACUAGCCUCCAGUGAAUGUGGUAAACAAAACAAGUAAUGUACAUUAUUUUCAAAUAUUGUUGAUUUCAGGUUUUAUAUGUCGGUGCCUGUGCUUUUAUUGUUGAUGCAGGUGCCUUACUGCUUAGUGCCUCAUGUCAGUCUAGUCUAGGGCCCUUAAUUGGUAGGAUGUUCACUGCUCUGCUCCUUUAGGUUUUGUGAUGACUUUCCUGUCUUUCUUUCUUUCUUUUUUUUUUUUUUUUCAAGGUUUUCAUCGAUUUCUUGAUUGUUAAAUGUGACAAAUGUUUGUUUAUUAUCAUUUGUCUUUACACUGACAUAACGCGCAGUGGUGCAAGGCUGUCUUGUCGAGCUUAAACAAGAGAUCUGACGGAUAGCAGAGGUAAAAUGUUACUCAUGUAAAAUAAUAGUACAUGUGACACCUUACGGUGAGUUGAAAGACAAAUUAACACUAGUCUUUGUAAUCUGUCACCAGAUGAGGAAAAAAAUGAAGAAAAUGUCAUGCUUGUCUAGUAUAUAGUGUCUAUUACAAACGAUGUUGUAUAUGAUGUCCUUUUUAGUUUUUCAAGAAAAGUAUGAGUCCAGGAUGGCAAAGAAUAGUUUUAAACCAAAGUAGACCACAUAAUAAAAGAGCAAAACUCCA